CCAUUACUAAAAAAAAAUCUUCAGGAACGGUUACUUGUUUGUUUCGUUAAAUACUCUUUUGUUUUUUUUUUUCUUAUUUUACCCCACAUUUUUUUUCUUUUCUCUUUUUAUUAUUUCCAUUAGAAUGGUUAUUUAUAAAUCGACUUGUCAUCCAGUUGACAUAUCUCGUUUAGAUCUCUUCUCUUUUUUAUUUAGUCCUAAUGAUCAAAAUACUAAAUUAUCUCAUGAUCGUAAGGUUGUGAUUGAUGCUGAAUCUGGAAAAUCAUUCUCUUAUGCACAAGUAAAUUCUCUUUCUCGAAAAUUGGCUUCUGGAUGGAAAGAAAAUGUUGGAUUAACAAAAGGUGAAAUUGUGGCUGUUUUUGCCCCUAAUCAAUUCGAUCAUGCUAUUUUGUAUUUCUCUCUUUUGGCCGCUGGUUGCACAAUCACCCCUGGUAAUCCUAAUUACACUGAAGAUGAAUUUCACCAUCAAGUUCACACAGCUGGUGCUACAACCAUUGUUACCAUACCUUCUCUCAUACCAGUAUUAACCAAGGUGGCUUCCAGAAAUAACAUUCCUAAAGAUCGUAUUUUUGUAUUUGGUGAACAACAAGUGGAACAUGCUCUAUGUUUGAGUCAAAUCUCUUCUAAUCAUGAAAUAGCCUUUCCUGAUAACUCUAUCGAUCCUGAAAACGAUCUAGCUUUUAUCAUGUUCUCAAGUGGUACAACUGGAGUGGCCAAAGGUGUUUGUUUAAGCCAUUCGAAUUUUGUUUCUCAAGUAUUAUCAGUCAUGACCUUUGAAAAAGAAGACGGUGCUAUAGGUGAAAUAGAUAUUAUGCUUGCAUUUUUACCAUUUUAUCAUAUAUUUGGAUUGACGACCUUGAUUCUACGAUCUAUGUAUGCUAUGAAUCCAGUGAUUGUGAUGGCUAAAUUUGAUUUGGAACGAUAUUGUCAAUUGAUUGAAAAGUAUAAAGUGACAGUAGCAACUCUAGUCCCUCCUAUUGCAGUACUAUUGGCCAAAUCUCCUAUUGUUCCCAAGUAUGAUCUUAGUUCUUUACGUAUGGUUACCUCUGGUGGUGCUCCUCUUGGUAAAGAACAUAUCGAACAGCUUUACAAACGAAUCAAGAUUCCUGUGCGUCAAGGUUAUGGUCUCAGUGAAAGUUGUAGUGGAUUUAUUUACCAAUCAAUUAGAUCAGGUGAUGUGGGUGCUACUGGUAGACUUGUAUCUCAUGCUCAAGUCAAAUUAGUUGAUGCGGAUGGCAAUGAAAUGGGUGAUGAUGAACCUGGUGAAUUAUUACUCAAAGGACCUUUCCAAAUGAAAGGAUAUAUUAACAACCCAAAAGCCAAUGAAGAAAUAUUUACUGCUGAUGGAUUUAUGCGUACUGGAGAUAUUGCUAAAUAUGAUAGCAAGACCAAGGAAUUUUAUAUUGUGGAUCGUAUUAAGGAACUCAUCAAAUAUAAAGGAUUUCAAGUAGCUCCAGCUGAAUUGGAAUCAUUGUUAGUAGGUCAUGAAUUGGUAGCUGAUUGUUGUGUAAUUGGUGUAUAUGAUGCAGGACAAGCGACUGAACUUCCAAGAGCAUAUGUUGUUCUUCAACCAUCAGUCAAACCAAGUAAAAGUUUAGCCAAAGAAUUGUCUGAUUAUAUUAGUAGCAAGGUAGUAAGUCACAAAAAGUUACGUGGUGGUAUACGCUUCGUGGAUGCUAUUCCAAAAAGUAAUUCUGGAAAACUUUUACGACGCGAAAUCAAAGAAUGGGUCAAAAAGGAGCAAGAACAACAAGAAAUACAAUCAAAAUUAUAAUCUGUAUAUUAUUAGUUCUUUUAUUUUAUUGAAUAAAC